AUGUCGUUGAGAACGGUCAAAGCUGUGCCAUUUUUGCUGCAACAGCAAAGGUAUUUCUUGCAAAAUACAUUUGGUUAUCUUCGACACGCACAAACAAGUUCAAAUACAACUUACACUUCAACACCGAAUACAAGCAUAGCAAAGAAAAACAAAGAACUACAACAAUUUAACGACAGCACGCAAAAAGAAAUUGAUCAUCACGCGCGGUUAUCAGCGACUUGGUGGGAUUUAAAUGGUCCAUUACAUGGUUUACACAAGCUGAACGAUUUAAGAGUUCCUUUCGUGAGCCAUGGUUUGGUGGCGCAAAGUACCGUCGACAAAAAUUUGCGAAAUACCGUCGACAUGAAUUUGAGAAAUCCAGGUGAAGUGCUGAAAGGUAAAAAUAUUUUGGAAGUUGGUUGUGGUGGCGGCAUAUUAACGGAAGCGUUAGCACGUCUAAAUGCUAAUGUAACUGGCGUUGAUUUGGGGGCAGACGUAAUAAUGACGGCCGAGAAACAUUUAAAGGAACAUAGUCCGGAACUAGUCGAUCGCAUAACUUAUAAAACCGAGUCAAUAGCGGAACAUGCAAAUAAAUAUACAAAUCAUUAUGAUACAAUUGUGUGCUCAGAGGUAUUGGAACAUAUUGACGAGAAAGAAGCGUUCUUAAAGGAUUGCGUUAGAGCUAUAAAGCCAGGCGGUUCAAUAUUUAUUACGACCUUGAAUAAGACCGUUCUACAGUGGUUCUUAGGAAUUAUUCUUGGAGAAUAUAUAUUCGGUGUUGCACCGAAAAACACACAUCACUGGAGUAAACUGAUCGCACCACAAGAUGUGCAACGCAUUCUAGCUGCAUUGAAUUGUGAGACGGUAUCGCUGAGAGGCCUCACUUACAAUGUUUUUUAUAGGCGUUGGCGUUGGAUUAAUACUACCAAACUGUGCUAUGCUCUCCACGCUGUUAAAGCUGCAUAA